ACGGUGACUAUGAACUUCUGAACCAGUUCCAACCCUUUUUCCAACCUCUCUUUCCUUCUCCUUUUCUACAUCGAGAGCGAUGUCGUCUUCAAGGCCAGACAGUGUUGCAGACCCUUUCAUUACAGCCCCAAACACUCCUUUACAAGAACAUGGACACCUCGAACCGCCCAGGGCGUCUUAUCUAGCGUCAGACCCCGUCUCUGAGUUGUCAACGCCUCACGAAUCAUAUGGCCACUCACCUGGAAAUUCGACAGCGCUAUUACCCGAAGCAGAAAAACAGGAAGAACGGCGUGCAUAUGCAGAAAGACAGCAUGCUGGUUUCCCAAAACGUUCCAUCUUCAAACGGCCUCUAUUUUGGCUCGCAAGUUUGGUCGCGCUCGCUAUCGUUGUCCUAGCUGUCGUCUUGCCUGUCUAUUUCACCGUAGUCAAGCCACGUCAGAACAAACAAGCGUAUUCGUCAGGAGGCGGAGGCAGCCCUGGAAACCCCGAAUCACCUACUGGUGCCACGACUGGUGGUAAUGGCUCUCUCGUUGUGACCAGUGAUGGCUCAAGCUUCACAUAUAUAAAUCCUUUUGGUGGAUAUUGGGUGUAUAAUUCCAACGAUCCUUUCAAUAACGGUGCCCGACCCAAUUCUUGGACACCUGCCCUGAACUCGACCUGGAUAUGGGGAGUGGAUAGGAUCAACGGGGUCAAUCUUGGUGGGCUUUUCGUUCUAGAACCGUUUAUUGCACCCGCACUCUUUCAGAAGUACCCUGGUGCGGUAGAUGAAUGGACCCUCAGCACACUCAUGGCUGCAGAUACCGCUGGUGGCGGGUUGAAUCAGCUAGAAGACCAUUAUAACACGUUCAUCACUGAACAAGACAUUGCGCAAAUAGCUGGUGCAGGAUUGAAUUGGAUUCGUCUACCCAUUCCUUUCUGGGCCAUUGAUAAAUGGGAUUUCGAGCCAUUCCUUGAGAAAGUCUGUUGGCCAUACAUACUUCGUGUUCUCCAAUGGGCACGUAAAUACGGUCUCAGGGUCAAUCUAGACUUGCAUACAAUCCCUGGCUCUCAAAACGGAUAUAAUCACUCUGGUAAACUUGGCUCAGUCAAUUUUCUAAAUGGUGUUAUGGGGCUCGCGAAUGCAGAGCGUGCGCUAAACUAUAUCAGGAUCAUCACGGAAUUCAUCUCCCAGCCUGAGUGGCAAAACGUCGUGCCAAUAUUCAGCAUUGUCAACGAGGCGCUUGUGUCUACUAUUGGCAAGGACGAAAUUACGACUUUCUAUCUAGAAGCGUAUGAUAUGAUUCGGAACAUCACCGGCGAAGGGGCCGGUAAUGGUCCAUAUAUUGCUAUCCAUGAUGGCUUCUUGGGUGUAUCGAACUGGGCGGGGUUCCUCAGCGGCUCAGACCGCAUCAUGCUUGAUACACACCCGUACUUUGCUUUUGAUGGUCAAGCUAACACUCAGCCAAUUGCCACUGGGACUGGUAUCAACGCUGGCGGCAUCUGGCCUAAGCAAGCAUGCAAUGCGUGGGGCCCGGGAAUGAAUACUAGCCAGACUGCCUUUGGGGUGACGUUCGCGGGAGAGUUUAGCAAUGGGUUCAACGACUGUGGCCUCUACCUUACUGGCGUGGGAAACACAGCUAGUUAUACAGGCUCGUGUACACAGUUCAUGGAUGCGUCCCAGUUCAACGAUACUAUGAAGGCUGGCUUGCAGGAAUUCACAUUGGCAAGUAUGGACGCAUUACAAAAUUAUUUUUUCUGGACAUGGAAGAUCGGGAAUUCCUCGACUACCAACAGCGUUCAGUCGCCUUUGUGGUCGUACCAACUAGGGCUAGAACAAGGGUGGAUGCCGGCAAAUCCCCGCGAUGCUGUUGGCUCUUGUGCAGCACUGGGUGUCUCCGAAAACCAGUUUGAUGGAACCUAUUCACCUUACCAAACAGGUGGUGCCGGUGCCGGAACGAUUGACCCCGCUAGCAUAUCUUCCUAUGGUCAAUACCCACCAUCUACCCUUUCAGGCCUUACCAGUGGAGCAGUCAUGUCUCUUUUGCCCACAUACACUUCCACAGGGACUGUUGUGACUCUCCCUCCACUGACUUUCUCCCCGAAACCGACGCCCUCCGUGAGCGUUGGCAAUGGCUGGCAUGAUAGUGCAGACACGGGUGCUGGUCCUACCGAGGUUCAGGGCUGCACAUAUCCGAAUGCGUGGAGUGCCGUCAGCGCUGCGAUGCCCACGGCACUAUGUCCCGCUACUGGAGUUGCCGCUCCCGUCAUAACUCCUGCACCAACGUCAACACCAGCCCUCCGGUGAUAUCAACGUCUACUGAUGUAAUUGCAGGACGAAGUCACCUGUAUAUUCUAGAAGUUCCAAUAGAAGCAGACUAAUUCUUCGACGUGAUUUCAUUUCAAGAUACUAUUUAUCGGCUCGGACAUUUAUGCACUACCCCCCCAUUGGUAUUAUGAAGGUAAAGACGGUAUACGCGAUGGUAAAACGUUAACGAGAUUAUAUCACCCUUUUAUUUUUCCUUUGUUUUGAAAGAUUUGAUGGACCAAUAGUAGGACACUUAAUUUUUUUCAAUUACCGUGCUUCAUACUAGGCUCACUCCUUGCGACGCUAGAAAAAGCACCCUUUUCUUCUUUUCCCUUUGUUUGGUGCAUGAUGCUUUCGCGUUUUGAUGAUCUAGCACUCUCGUACGGAUUGCAUGUAGUCAUAAGAGUAGAUGACUGGCAGGCAAACUACAUCCGCGGGCUUGUCCGCCAAUCAGAAGACCGCGAAGGUCAUAGACAUCCCGCCGUUGUAUUAUUAUAAAUUAUACGUUGCACUUCCGACUAUUUGCAUGACAGCCUUGUCGGAGGUUGGCCGAAUGGUUAACCGCAUGUAUCGCAUACCGUGGGCCUUGUUCAGCCUUGGGCGACCGUCUGCGUCCGGCUAUAGGUCUAACCAUUCCCAUAGCACUGACAAAGACUAUUCUUUUGGGGUCACAAUCACUACGCUGGAGUGUACUAAUACUUCCAUGUCCAGUAUUACCGCCAACGAUAUAGAUCUUUUGAUGGCAUGGUCCCUCGCCUCUGAAUGAAGUUAUUUCAACGAAUUCUAGUAAGGGUUGACGCGUCGUUCUCAGUAUCGUCUCUCAAAAUUUACGAGGGUAGCGCCCACGGUAUACAGGCGCCAGAAAUUCUAAUUUGCGGUGCGAAAGUCUAGGCUUAUCUGACCGAUGGUGUCCCGCGUCGACUUUUGAGCUUGAAAUGGAAAUCGUUUUACUAGUCGUUAUGUUCGACGACUCCAAGUGUAUAGCAAUCACCAUAUGUUCCCCCCAUUGGUCAGUAUAUUUUUAUUUACUGUCUAGCACUGUGUCCUGCUUCUUCCUCCUUACUCUAGGCUUCGCGAUUGCAUCUUCAUCAUGCAUGUCUAACUCUGCAAUGCUACCUGUGGCACUGGCCAGACGGCCGCCAAUAUCACGAUGGUGUCCUUGCUAUUAACCUCAGACCGUUGUUCUACUCAUUCUCACCCCUUUAACGUAUGUUACACGGGCGGUGGUUGCGCAGCAUAACAUCAAUGAUUACGAGGUUCAGAAUUCCCUUUGCCUGAUUCAUCG